ACCCUUCUUUUGCGCCUUAUAACGGUGUAUCCUCUACAAACCACUCCAAAGCUCAUCUUUUUGGCCAUAUUGUCGUUUCCUGUCACCAUCAUGGUCAUUAGGAUAAUAAACAUAGCAUUCUUUCUGCACAAUUAUAUCAGCGCACUGAAGGGAGUAGCUAUUUCGCUUCUUGCCGCCGAAACCCUGAGGAACAGCUGGCGCAUCAAACUGGAGUGGAUUUUGCAGUGUGUAAAUAACUUAUUUGUUUCGUUCAUGUUCCUACGUCGACUACAGCGAUAUGCUGUGUCUGGACAGGGUGACUCAGGUAUUGGUAAACACUUCCGCGGACUAUUCCUCAUUGCCCUAUCAAAUUUCGUAUUCCCCGUCGUCUUGAAUAUCAUCCAACUCAGCCUCAUCUUUAUCUCGAAAAGCUCCUUCUCCCAAAUUGCCCUCAUUUAUCUGGUCAACAACUUUAUAACCAUUUUCGGAGUGGUUUUUGCCACUCUAUGGAUUUCAGGUCGGCACAUGAAGGAACAAUCAUCCAGGGGGGCGGUUUUGCCAAUUGUUUCCAGUGGAUUUGUAACGGUUCAUGACAGGCGUGACACGGGCGCAUUUUUUGUCGCAAGUUCCCAAACCAGAAUGUCUUCAAAUAACACGCAAACAUCAUUUGCUAAUGAUCCGUAUGAUAUUGGCAAAGUGAAUAGCAUCGGUACCAGUUCAUCAUCAGUACCGAUGGAAAUCACAGUGAAUGUAUCGACGGAAUGCAACAGUGUUUGAUUGUACGAUCAACCAGGACCAUCCCUAAAUCUAACAAUCACCCUCCCAUGUAUGGAACAUACAAUGGAAUGGUAUAUCUGUGUGCCACACGCCCACGGGGAUGAUCGAUAAUCGGCGAUCAUUGUCAGCGCUUCAAGUUAGGACACUUGUAUUUUUUGCUAUUUUUUGUCGCUCGUUAGUUCAGCUGAUUACUGGUACGCUGGCCCGCUGGCCCGCCGGGUUUCCAAGAGCACAGUACUGUAUUUUUGAGUUUAGAGCUUGUGUAGGAAGGUGCUACUUGGUUAUACUGAGUUGUACUGUUGACAAUUAGUCUCACAUAUGUCAUAAGGUAUCGUGUGGUCUAGUGCAUGGUAUUGUCAAAAUAGACUUCCAGAACACCAUGACGUACUCACAUGGUCAAUUGAACACAUGUAAGGAUGUUUGGGCGCAAUGUUGGUUACCUAGGAACAUAAGUACACAAUAGUACAGCGAUAAGUA